GUUAUUCUUCUCCACAUCAGAGCACGCUGCCAUCGGCCGUCCUCUGGUUGUGAGCGCCGGCGGAGCAAGGCCAGACAGCGUUAUCGCAGGUACCAAGCAAGGCAGUGGAGAGGCUCCAAAGUCGCAGGUGGAAUUUGGGUUGCCCCCUGCCGUUGUCACAUCUCUUCAAGCGAUCACAUCCAGAGCUACACAAGGAUUAUGGCAUUCCGACCAGCCUGGGAUCGGCGAAGUGACCGCAGAGCAACAUGCACAGCGUCGAGCGAAUUUGAUCAGGACAUUGUCGAGACGCAUUACAGGCAAUGUCAAAGCGAAAACGGAACUCAAGGAUGCCUUGAAUCAGUGGCUCAUACAGUUAUCCCAGCACCUACAAGGCCUCACUGCCAGGGUAUCUGCAAUCGGGCAAAAGAUCGACGAGGAUCUUCAGAGUGCCUGCGACGAGAUGGUGGUGGGCCUAGAAGCUCGCAACUCGCUAUCCACGGCCGACCAGGUCUCACACGCAAGAUCUUCUAUGGGGCCGGUCUGGCGGCCACCUCAAGAGGCUGCUGUUUUGGAACUUGCAGCAGGUCUCCGCGCACUUGGCACAGUCACAGUGCCUCCGCAGGCGGUGAUUGGCACACCUAUGAUCCCGGCUCGGCAGCAUGGCCCUGUCCUGGCUGGCACGGCGGAUCCUGUGGGCGGCGACUCUGGGACUGGAUCCGAAAUGAGUUUCGGAGCGGGCCUCGCGGACAUUGCGGCGGAUGUUCCCAUGCAGGCCACCGAGCCCUUGGCAGAAACCCCACGGCCUACUCGCUGGAAGCGUCGCAGUGGAGGCUCGACACAUCGACCAUCGAAGAGCCCACGCCGAGAGCAGACUUUUGGGGCUCCUUGGCCGUCUACGUCUACGGGGCUUACACCGGAGAGCUUGCGGCCUGCAGCGACAACGGCUCUGUCAGUGGAUGGGCCGCCUAUCCCACCCGGGGAGGGACAAUCCAUUUUGGACUGGCCUUCGGCCUGGGCCAAAUUGGCCGAGUUUGCGACAGAAAAUGGCGCCGAGCUUAUUGGCGAAUUGAGUAUCUCGCCCGAGCAGGAUGCGGCCAUCCCCCUCUCGCCGGACGUCAGUGUGGAAGAGGAAACCGUUGUUACGUCCAACGAGGCGUGGGCGGCUGUUCUCGCUUUUGUGGGGACUCCAGAUCGGGAACUGGUGCCUGCUAUGUGUGGCAGAAUGCAAGAUAUUCUCAACCACCUCCGACUUUGCCCCAAUGCGCUUCCCCGUGUACGCCAAGGCCUAGUUCUCUUGGCCCAGGCGACACUGGGCAAUGUUCUCGACCCGUUCAGCUUCGCCCCUGCUACACGUCAGGAAUGGCUCUACCCGGCCACGCUGCUGGAACACGGGACUCCACUGCGGGGCUACUUGGCCUCCUCGGCCUCGUCGUCAUCAGUUGUGCAAGUCCUACUCUCACAGGGAUGUCCCAUGGCUCCGAUCGGCGAGGACGAAGACGGUAUCAGCGAGCUCCUCUGA